ACUGGAUACAUGAACGCUAUCAACGCUUUUAAAAAUGAUUUGUAAUAUUUUAUGGAACAACCGGAGUGUCCGUGGAUUAUGGCUGGAUCACUACUUUUCUUGUUGAAUUGCAACUAAGUGCCUCUUCAACCAUGUCCCGCACGAGCAUCAACGUUGAGUCAUGUUAGCUUUGGGCCGCUGUAACUCUUCAUCCUCACCGCUCAACCCUCCUUCAUCAAAUGGCAGCGGAGGGCAAGCGGCGCCCGUGGUGGCCCUUGAGAUGUCGCGGCAGGGAAACCUGACCGCCGGCGGCGUGGUGGUGGUGCUAUUGCCCAUGACGUUGGGUAUCGUGUCCAACAUCGUGGCCCUGAUCAUCUUGGCCAACGCUUACUGGCUCCAGCGACGGCGCUCCAAAGCCAGCUUCCUGCUCUUUGCUACCUCCCUGGUGGUCACGGACUUCAUGGGCCACGUGAUCCCCGGUGCCUUGGUUCUGAGACUCUACCUCUCUGGAGGCGUGCGGCCAGAGGACUCCAACGCUUCUGAUGGCAUGUGCCAGUUCCUGGGAGGAAGCAUGGUGUUUUUCGGCCUGUGCCCGCUCUUCCUGGGUUGCGCCAUGGCCGCGGAGCGCUGUCUGGGUGUAACCAGGCCACUCCUGCACUCCUCCCUGGUGACAAGCGCCCGCACUAAAAUGUGCCUGUCUGCAAUUUGGCUGGCCGCUCUGUUUGUGGCCCUGCUGCCCUGCUUGCGGCUGGGCUCGUACACCUAUCAGGACCCGGGCACUUGGUGCUUUAUUCGAGUGCUCAACGACAUUCACGAGGGGGACGUGGCGUUUGUGCUGCUUUUUUCUGGGCUCGGCCUGAGCUCGCUGGCUGCGGCAGUGGUGUGUAAUACCAUCAGUGGAUUGACGCUAGUGCUGGCGAGGAUCAGGAGGAAGCCCGGCUCGCAUCAUUCGGCUAAGUCACACGACAUUGAGAUGGUGGUGCAGCUGCUGGGGAUCACAGUCACCUCAUGCAUCUGCUGGUGUCCUCUACUGAUCUUUGGCCUGAUGUCCGCCAUCCAAUCCUACACAGGAUCCUUUGGAGAGGAGCUUUCCACCUACAAAAUGCUACUGGUGAUAGGUGUGAGACUGGCCACGUGGAACCAGAUCCUGGACCCGUGGGUCUAUAUCCUGCUGCGCCGAACCGUUCUACGGAAAAUCUACCUCAUUGCAAAGUGCCAAGCCGGGACUUUAUUUGGAUGUUUAGACUCGACAUCUCCUCCCCAGUCAGAGAAGAACGAAGUCAACCAAGCCUAGACUGAGAAAACUGCAUCAAAAAACUGUUUUAAAAAAAAAAAACAAAAAAAAACAUAAGAACUGAAGAUGUUUGAUAAAAAAAUGUCUAAAGGUGAUGUUGGAGUGAGUUGCAUGCAAACAAAUGUGACAUUUCUGGACUGGUCCACUUCAGAAAUAUUGAGGAAAUACAUAAGCUGUAGCUUUUUAUAUUUAAAUGGGUUUCUGACAUUUCAAACGGAAGCUAGCUAACUGCUAUGAUUUUGCACAAAAAACAUGAUGAACAUCAUGUUUACUUAAGCAUUGCUCCAUGCUUUGUUCUCAUUAGGAUGACAGAAUGUAACUGCGCUGCAAAAGCUAAGUUAAGAACAUUGCAUUUUGGAAGGAUAGCAGUUUGUGUCUUUACUAUAGGAACUUUGACAGUAAAAAAAAAAUCCAACACAGUUAACAUAUCUUGUGCAUCAGAAUGGAAAAGAAGCCUCUGAGAGGACUCAAGAGCAAAGAGGUAAUAUUCACGCUUUGAGACUGUCCACUUAAUGUGGGAAAAUGGGGACAUUCUGAAAGUUAUGCCUCAAAUUACUGAAAUAAUUACCUUAAAUCAGUAAAGCAUUUGGACGGUGACAAAUGUGUUUUCUUGCUAUUUUGAUUAAUAUUUUCCAUCUUUUUUCUCCAUUUUUACAACAACUGAGUCAUUGUAUUUGAUAAUUAUAAUUACCAAAAACGUCUGGAACAAAACUGACCAAAGUAGUAUAAAUGUGUCUGGAUCUGUGAUGGUACGAAAAUAAAUAGAUACAAAAAUAGCAUCAACCAACCAAAGUAUUACCAGAAAAACUGGAGUAACUAUUUGUGUGUUUUCUUACGGUAACCAACAAAAGUUAAACUAAAUACUUGAUUUGUGAUCGAGAGUCUGACUCAAGGCUCCUCAAAUUUGUGUCGACUGUCAUGUGUCUAACACACUCACCGUGACAUCACGAGACCGCACGCACACGCGCACAUUAGUCAUGCUUUGCCUUCGCCAUUCCUCACUUAGAUGAAAUUAAAUUUGUGGGCUAAGUAAAAUGGUUGAGUACAGAAUGUUUAAAAAGUCAUUGAGUCUAAUUGUCUAACAUGAGCAAACACUUUCAUGUGGGCCAUUCUGGUUAAUGGAUAAAUCUGUUACCUCAGCAUUUUAGUCUAGCAUAAUGCUUGUUGUGAUACAUCCAUUUUUACUACCAUGCCACCCCCAGAUGUUGUGCUACCAAACUAUGGUAGAUUAAUCAACAGGAUCUUCUAAACUAUCGUUUGACCGUAGAUGAUGGUUUUAGUGCUAUUUAUAUUUGGAUCUUGAGCAACUAUUUGCCUGCUCAACCAGCAUGGUGCAAGAAAGGAACUGCAGUCGAGUACUGGAUCAUUAAGUACAACAUCUGUCUCUUGAUAGAGGUGAUGCAAAACAGCAUAGCUAAACCAAAACAGCAACAUUGCAGCCAUAAAACAAAAGUGUGAUGAUGGCAAAUAAAGCCGAAUGACAAUUAUGAGGAUCACGUUAGA